CUGGUUGUUUUGCUCCCACUUGAAGUUUCAGUGCUAUUAUUUACCGGUCGUUGGUCCCCGUCAAUCAACAGCAGCUGUGGUGGCUAAAUCACAGGCUGCAGUCGCCGGUAGCCACCGAUAUAGGCGCCGAUGAAGCCAUCGACUGGCCGAAAAUGAGGGGCAGAAACUUGAAGCUGCAGAGCGACGUGAUGAGGGGCAGCCGGAGGUCGAUCGUUGUGGCUGACUAAGAAUAGAGAUUGUUCACCACUGCAGCUAACAACGUUGUAGGUCACUAUUCUGUUCUUAUUAGGGUUGAUUUGCAGCUGCUGGCCACUAAUUGCACCCCUCAUGCUCUGCUUCCGACUCCUUCCACCGUGAUAUCAGAAACCUGAACUGGCGCAAUCGAAACCCCUCGAGUGUUCAUCCUACCAUCCAUCACAUGAAUCACAUGGAGUUGGGCUGACUUGGCCGCCAUCAAAUGUGUCUCUUACUAAAAUCAACACGGUGCUGCUGUGGCCGAUCAUAUCAUGGGUGAUUCCUCUGCCACAAAUCUGUUGAAGUGCUGGUAACUUCACCACAAUUAACUUGCCAGCAUUCAUGUCAUGGCCAUCCAGAGUGAUACCGAUUCACACUGCUUCAAGACAAACUCGUCCCUUCAGCACCUAUCUAUCACUGUCACAGAGAACCAGAUUCAUUCCCAUUAUUGCCAGCGUCCCACGCCCUCCGCUCCCAAAUAAUCGUAAGUCCAUCGCCAGCAGAAGCAUAUCCGCACCUUCCCGCCAGCCCUUCUAUCAACCGCCCCGUCACCGUUCCCAAACACUCGCUCUUCCAUCCAGCACCAUGUCAUCGUCAGACAAAGACAACCUCCCCAAGUUCCUUAGGGCGAUGGAGACCAUCUACGGUCCGUUUCCCGAACCUAGCGAUGCCAAUCUUGCCAAAUGGACUCCUCCGCCAGCGGCAGAGGGCCAUCGAGGUCGAUAUUUGUGGACCGAUGGAUUCGCCGUGGUCAAUUUCUUGACCCUUUACAAACUGACAGGCGAGGAGCGAUACUUGAUCUUUGCCCGCAACCUGGUAUCUACCGUCCACAACAUUCUAGGCUACACGCGCGACGGCAAAUCCAGGCUUCCAGGCGCCACCGAAGAACAACCCCUCAAUGGCGGGCUACGGAUAGGCAAGUUGGACGAAUCCGGUCCAGAUGGCGAUGGACAGUACUUCCACUACCUGACGGUGUGGAUGUUUGCCCUCAACCGGAUGACCAUCGUGACCGGCCAGAAAUGGUACAACGACCAGGCCGUGUCCAUGGCCAAGGCGAUCCUCCCUCGCUUCAUGACAGACAUGUCGUCCACCAGACCUCGAAUGUACUGGAAGCUGAGCAUGGAUCUGUCUCGACCGCUCGUCAAGUCUGAAGGCAAUCUCGACCCCAUUGACGGGUAUGUCACCUACAAACUUCUCCAAGACACCAGUGACCACUGUACCGCCCUCCAAGAGGAAAUCGCCGCACUCAAGAAAAUCGUCGAUACAAAGUGGAAAUACUAUACUUCGAGCGAUACAUUAGACCUAGGAAUGACUUUGUGGACAGCACACUGGUUGAGUGCCGAGGAGGAAUGGGCAGCCACCAUUUCUCGCCGCGCCAUCUCCUGUCUUGAGUUCCUGGUCCAGGACGGAUACUUUGACGAACCGCCCAGUCGGAGGCUGGCAUUUCGUGAGUUUGGCACGGCUCUGGGGAUUCGUGCGGCGAUGGCUGCGAUGGAUGAGUCUGAGAUCGCAAACGAUACCACCACCGCCCAGUUUCGAGCCCUCCCGGAUCGUAUCUGCAAGACCUGGGAAGACGCCGGGUUGGUUCCCGAACCGACCAAGCAGCUGCAGGGCCGCAUGGCCGAACUCAUGCCCAUCACAGCUGUCAUGUACGCAUCUGCCCUCAUUCCCGGCUUGAUGUGUCGGCAGUCAUGAUGUUGUACUACUCCGUCCGGACACUACGGAUUCUUGCCUGUCAUACCUUAUCAACGAUCGCCCAAGAUGGGAAGGGGGUCCACCACGUGUUAGGGCGCCUAACCCUUCAACUGUACCAUCCGCAUCCUGCACCACAGGUUGAUAAUGUUGCUCAUGUACACUUUACCUAUUGAGAUGUCUAUUCUGGGUCUCCCUUUUCGACCAGAGAUUGGGGAAAAGGAUUGUGCCAGACAAAUUUAUGUGUCAUUAGAAAUAUUGUUGUUAUUAGCGGGACAGUCACUGUCUGUUGUCGAUGCCAUCUCAACAUGAUGCUUCACUAUUGGCGACCAUCAUCUACUACUAGUGCCUGGCAUACAAUAAUGUCGUUUGGUCACGUUCAUUCCGUCCAUCUCAACGUGCUAUGUAAAUCUUCUCGCUCUGGCCCCUUGGAAGUUAUCGUUGAUACACGAUCAUCGCCAUACAACGAACUACGAGACAAUGAGACCGGCAUGAGUAGUAGUCUUUCUGUAUCCCUCGAACAG